AUGCCUUCCAGAUCUGAGAUCACAUAUUUUGGCGCAGGCCCGGCUCUGCUGCCCACAGACGUCCUUGAGAAGGCUGCCCAGGCCCUCAUUGACUAUGAGCAUACCGGAUUAGGUAUUGCUGAGCACAGCCAUCGCUCAGAGCUGGCUACAAACAUCAUCAACGAGGCCAAGGCUGAUCUUGCCUCUUACAUUGACAUUCCCGAGGACUAUGAGGUUCUUUUCAUGCAGGGUGGUGGAAGUGGAGAGUUCUCCGCUACCUUGUACAACCUGGUCGGUGCAUGGGUGACAAAGAAGAAGGCCCAGAUUGUUGCCAACCUCAAGGCUCCUGAGGACGACCCUCGCGUGGAGCAGGAGCUCAGGAAUGCAGUCGAGAAGGAGCUCAAGACGGAUUACAUUGUCACUGGUGGCUGGUCUCAGAAGGCCUCUGAAGAAGCUAAGCGACUGCUUGGUCCUGAGCAUGUCAACAUUGUCGCUGACGCCCGCCAGAUCAACGAUGGCAGGUAUGGCAAGAUUCCUGAGGAGAGCACAUGGAACCUCUCCAAGGAUGCUGCUUUGGUGUAUUAUUGUGAUAACGAGACCGUCGAUGGUGUCGAAUUUCCCGCGUUCCCUCAGUCCUUGACCUCUGGACCUGACGGCGAGGGCCCUAUUGUUGUGGCCGAUAUGUCCUCCAACAUCCUGUCGAGGAGAAUUCCUGUCCGAAACUUCUCAGUUAUCUUCUUCGGCGCCCAGAAGAACCUCGGCUGCACUGGUGUCACCGUUGUAAUUAUCAAGAAGAGCCUUCUUCCUCCCAAGACACCUCAGCCCCCUGCCGCGCUGCUUCGACGACUUGGGCUUCCUAUCCCUCCCAUCAUCUUCUCUUACGAGACUAUCGCCAAGAACAACAGUCUCUACAAUACCCUCAGCAUCUUCGAUGUCUAUAUUGCUGGCCAAGUUCUCAAGAAGUCCCUCAGCACCUAUAACAAGGUCGAGGGACAGGAGGCCGUAUCCGCCAAGAAGGCAGAGCUUAUCUAUGGUGCUCUUGACGCUCACCCCGACGUGUAUAGAGUUGUCCCUGACAAGUCUGUUCGUUCAAAGAUGAACAUCUGCUUCCGAGUUACCAAGAAUGGCGACACUGAUGGCACAGAGAAGGCUUUCCUCAAGGAGGCUACUGCGCAGGGUCUCACCGGCCUUAAGGGUCACCGAAGCGUUGGUGGCAUUCGUGCCAGCAGCUACAACUCCAUUCCUUUGGAGGGCGCAGAAAAGCUUGCCAAGUUCAUCGAGAAGUUUGCUACCUCUUGA